AUGAGUGUAGUGAAGGAGUUACUAAAAGCCAGAGCUGAUAUCAAUCAACAAGGUGAGUAUGAUACACCACUGACAGCAGCAUGUGAGGGUGAACAUAUGAGUGUAGUGAAUAAAUUAAUAGAAGCCGGAGCUGAUAUCAAUCAACGAGAAGCUGGAGCUGAUAUCAAUCAACAAGAUGGGUUUAUAACACUACUGACAGCAGCUUGUAGAGGUGGACAUAUGAGUGUAGUAAAGGAGCUUAUAGAGGCCGGAGCUGAUAUCAAUCAAAAAGGUAAGUAUGACACACCACUGACAGCAGCUUGUAGAGGUGGACAUAUGUGUGUAGUAAAGGAACUCAUAGAAGCCGGAGCUGAUAUCAAUCGAAAAAGUGAGUUUGGCACACCAUUGACAGUAGCAUGUGAGGGUGCACAUAUGUCUGUAGUGAAGGAACUCAUAGAAGCCGGAGCUGAUAUCAAUCAAAAACAAGAUAGUUAUGAUACACCAGUGACAGCAGCAUAUUGGGGUGGACAUAUGAGUGUAGUGAAAGAGCUUAUAGAAGCUGGUGCUGAUAUCAAUCAACAAGGUGGAGAUGAUACACCAUUGACAGUAGCAUGUAAGGGUGGACAUAUGUCUGCAGUGAAGGAGCUUAUAGAAGCCGGAGCUGAUAUCAAUCGUAAAAGUGAGUUUGGCACACCAUUGACAGCAGCAUGUAGAGGUGGACAUAUGGAUGUAGUGAAGGAGCUCAUAGAAGCCGGAGCUGAUAUCAAUCGAAAAGGUGAGUAUGAAACACCAUUGACAGCAGCAUGUUAUGCUAGACUUAUGAGUUUAGUGAAGGAGCUUAUAGAAGCCGGAGCUGAUAUCAAUCCUCAAGGUGCGUAUAAUACACCACUGACAGCAGCAUGUCAGGGUGGACUUAUGAGUUUAGUGAAGGAGCUUAUAGAAGUGGGAGCUGAUAUCAAUCAACAAG